AAGCGACGACGACGACAAAGUCGCGCUUGGUUUAAGCACUCAAACAGAAGCUUGUUGCCUUCUAUUUGGCUGCAUUAGAUAAACCCGCAACUUAUGUGGCAUUAGCUACAUUACAACUGCAACGACGAAAGAGCUAAAAAAUGUUUGCAAGAACCACAGCAAAGUACGUGGAGGAAAAGGACCGUGGUCCUCAACGACUGGAAGAUCUUUGGCUGCAGCCUUAUGUUGUGCUGCACAGAGUAGACCUCAGUGAAGCUAUUCGUCCUGAACAGCAGGAGAGAGCGCGCAUUCGCAUUAAAAAGGAAGAUGUGGGUAAAGAGGUCCACCACUUGAAUGAACAAAUGGAGCAGACAUUUCUUUGCGCUAUAAAAGAGGAGGAAGAGCCAGAGCUGCCUUGUAUUAAAGAGGAGAGAGAAGACUCCUGCAACAUUAAAGAGGAGGGAGAAGACUCCUAUGACAUUAAAAAGGAGGAAGAAGAAGAGGAGGAGAUCUGCAAGGUGCCAUUGACUGGUGUACCUGUGACGAGUUUAGAUGAGGGUCAACAUGAAAUGAGCAAAGGGGCGGAGCCUCCAAACUGCAGUUCAAGUCAACAAAUGACCAGAGAAGGUAAUGGAGACCACUGUGGCGGAUCACAAGCAGCUCCACCAUCAGAGAGUCAUGACGUGUUGUCACAUAUUCCUCCUGCUGCUGAUGAGUCUCAAAACAGUAGUUUGAAACAACACAUGAGAAUGUACAUAAGAAAGAAAAACUUUUCCUGCUCGGAUUGUGGCCAAGAAUUCCCUCGGAGGGAACAUUUAAAAAGGCAUACAAGAAUCCACACUGGUGAGAAAUCUUUUGCAUGCUCAGUUUGUGGCCAAAUAUUAUCUAACAAGCGAAAUUUAAAAAAUCACACAAUACUCCACACUGGUGAGAAAUCUUUUGCAUGCUCAGUUUGUGGCCAAAUAUUAUCUAACAAGCGAAAUUUAAAAAAUCACACAAUACUCCACACUGGUGAGAAGCCUUUUUCAUGUCUAGUUUGCGGCAAAAGAUUUUCUGUGAAGAGAUAUCUAACACUUCAUACAAGAAUUCACACUGGUGAGAAACCUUUUUCAUGCUCAGUAUGUGGCCAACUAUUCUCUGAGAAGGGAAGCUUAAAAAAGCACACAAGAAUCCACACUGGUGAGAAGCCUUUUUCGUGCCUAAUUUGUGGCAAAAGAUUUUCUGUGAAGGGAAGUCUAACACUUCAUACAAGAACCCACACUGGUGAGAAACCAUUUUCAUGCUCAGUUUGUGGCCAAAACUUCGCUAUAAGGGGACAUUUAAAAAGGCAUACAAAAAUCCACACUGGUGAGAAACCUUUUGCAUGCUCAGUUUGUGGCAAAAAAUUCUCUCAGGUGGGAUAUUUAAAAAUUCAUACAAGAAGGCACACUGGCGAGAAACGUUUUUCAUGCACAGUUUGUGGCAAAAAAUUCUGUGACAAAGAAUCUUUAAAAAAUCAUACAAGAAGGCACACUGGUGAGGAACCUUUUUCAUGCUCAGUUUGUGGCCAAAAAUUCUCUCAAAGGGGAAAUUUAAAAAUGCACACAAGAACCCACACUGGUGAGGAACCUUAUUCAUGCUCAGUUUGUGGCAAACUGUUCUCUGACAAGGGAAACUUAAAAACGCACACAAGAAUGCACACUGGUGAGAAACCUUUUUCAUGCACAGUUUGUGGCAAAACAUUUUCUGUGAAGGGAAAUCUAACAAUUCAUACAAGAAGGCACACUGGUGAGAAACCUUUUUCAUGCUCAGUUUGUGGCGAAAAAUUCACUCUGAAGGUAAACUUAAAAAGUCAUUCAAGAAUCCACCCCCUGUUGCCUGCUCAGUCACCUGCCAAAGAGUCUUGA